UUCCUCAUUAACGAGCGACUACUGUGGCAAACGAGAACCGUCGAAAUGUUAUGACAUGCAAAAUCCGGCAAGAAAGUCAGCAAAAACAACAAACACUUACACUCGAAAAGGUUUGCGCAUCGCGCAGUCAACGCCGGCAGAGCCAGCGACAGCGAAGCUGCGCCUCAGCCCGGGUGGGCAGAGCUCAGGCGAGCAGAGAUCUUACCUGUGAGGCCAACUUGGGCGCUAAGCUCGCUUCAGUUCGAUUCUUGAGGCCGUUUAGAUCGGUUCUGUUUGGCGACACGCGCACCAAAGAAUUCUUCGCAUUGAGAAGAAGAAGAAGAAAGGAGAAUUCCGCCACUGAGAUACGAGAAGAAUUGCGAAAAGAAUCGAGACGGUUUCCCCAAACAGCAGCCCAAUCAGCUGAGUGUUUCGCGAGCCGCAUUUAAAUAAAUUAUACACAUAUUAAGACCCUAAUUAAAGAGACUGACAAUCGGAGCGAGACUCUGCCUAAAAAUAAUCCACAUUGUGAUACUAAUUAACUUAAAUUGUGUGUGUGAUAAAUUACUGUAAUAACCAAACAAAUCCUGAGAACAAAACAAACAGAAAAUUACAAAUUAACAAAUAUGCAGGACUAUUGGCACAUUCCCCGCGCCUCGCUGGCCUCCUCCUCGAGCUCGGCCAUCAGUUCGGCCAGCUCCUCAAAGUCCUCAAACAAGUCGCACUCGAAUCCGCCCACCCUCAACCAGCGCAGUUCCCCAAGCAACAGUAGCAAUGUUAAUAAUGUUAACAACAACAGCAACAACAAUAAUACAAGUGCUGCUGUGACAGCGGCGGCAGCGGCAGCGGUACUAGCAGCUGCCAAGCGGGGAUCGAGGAGUUCCCAGGGCUCCAGCGACAGCAACAACAGCACACGGAGCGCUGCUUCCGGCUCACUGCUGCUGACGGCAGCGAAUCUGGAACGCUUCGCGGAGAUCCACAAGAAGCAGGAGCGGCACAACAAGAUGCUGAUGCCCGGCCAUCCAUCUUCGUCCAACUACAAUGCCAACCUAACGCUCGCCACUGGCCAGGAUGCGGUGAUCACCAUCGAUGGCCAGCAGCCAUCGGAAGUGGAUCCCAACUUGCAGUAUGUGAAAACCAAAGACCUGGACACCGUAUCCAUUGCCAGCUCGAUGCACUUUACGAUGGUCAACGGCGAGGGUGGUCCGCCCAAGAAGCCCAAGCGCGGUCUCUGCGAUCGAGGACGCCAGGUCACCGUGUUGAUUGUGAGCAUGAGUACCAUCUUCAUGCUCCUCAUCAUGGGCAUGGUCUAUGCGCUGGAGAUGCGCGCCCGCGACAUGCCCAAGAGCUAGGAUUCAAUCACAUUGCCUAGCCCAUUAGCUUAUUAUUUAUUGUAUCGUCUUUGUCCCCCAUUAUUAUUAUUAUUAUUAUUUUUAUUGUUAUCGUGUCGUCUUGGCGCUAGUUGAGUAAGCUAUUUAUUAAACGAUUGUUUGAAUGGAGAGUCGAGUCAGUCGAAGCUGGGAAAUUUCAUUAGUAUUAAGCUCGCUAUGCUACGGAGACAGAGAAACAUACAAUGAACUAGAUCUGGAGCGGAUCGCAUAAUCGCCGCCUGGUAUCGGAUAAUGCUGUACUUUCUGGUUAGCAAUUAAGUUAUUUAUCCCUGUGAUAUGUUUAAUAAAGUGAAUUUUAUAAUUGUAAA